CUCACCUCGAUUUACGAAUUAAGCCCUUGCAGAACUCCGGCAAAGAUUUCCGGCGAGCUCCCGCGAAGAGAAGAGAAGGCAGGCGUUACGGACGAAGAGAAACAGGCGCGUUCUUCUUAUUUACUCCUUAAUAUUUAUACACUGGAAUGUUAGGUCACGCAUGCGUACAAGCUGAACUGUUUGGGAUUCUCGAUUCGAAAAUAUUGAAUUAAGAUCGUUUGCUUUGGCCAUGUGUAAGAGAGAUGGAUGAAUUGUCACCAUAGCAGGACAAUCUCUCAUUUGAAUGCUUGGAAGACAUGCUGAGUUGCAUCAAUGAGUGUGAUAUGAAGCAGUCCGUCUAAAACACCGAGAGCUAUGUGCAGAGGUAAUGAAGAACGACACAUAAGGAAGAUCCAAUAAUUGAAGCUUUAAUCUUCAAAACGGGACCUGGCUUCUUUCAAUAUGAAAAACUAUUCUAACCAGGCACAUUCUACACUUGUACCAUUGGAGUCGCCCAAUUUCUACAAGAAUCACUUCUACUUUGGCCUGAAUUGGCAGUCAAUUCGCCGUCAUUCAAUAUACAUGCGAUCUCAGUGAUUGCAGACAUCAAAGCACAUAUUAGAUGGAACUGCAGGUAGAUCACCCCUACAUUCCCAAAGAUCUAAAGUUGCCUGGUUUUGUGCCUUGUUUCUUGUCACAAUUGGACAUCCUUAGUGUAUAUGGAGUUGCUUCUCUACUGGUUGUUGCAUUCAUGUGGAACUUCUCUGGGCGGUUCCCAAAGCUAUCAAAAGGAGACAGGUUGCUCAUGUGCUGGUGGACUUUCACUGGCCUUACACACAUGAUCCUUGAGGGUUACUUUGUCUUCUCUCCUAACUUCUACAAGCAAACGACUCCAUUUUUCUUUGCAGAAGUUUGGAAAGAGUACAGCAAGGGUGACUCUAGGUAUGCUGCGCGUGAUUCUACUGUCAUUACUGUUGAAGGAAUCACAGCAGUUCUAGAGGGACCAGCAUGUCUUCUUGCCGUGUAUGCUAUAGCUACAAAGAAGUCUUACAGAUAUAUACUCCAGGUGGCCAUUUCUUUGGGCCAGCUGUAUGGUACUGCUGUCUAUUUCUUGACAUCCAUCUUGGAGGGUGACAAUUUUUCGGCAAGCCCCUACUACUACUUCUGGUACUAUGUUUUUGCGAAUUCCUUCUGGUGCUGGAUACCCACAAUCAUAGUCGUACGUUGCUGGAAGAGAAUUGUUUCUGCAGUCCAGCUGCAAGACGAGACAAAGGCCAAGACUUACUGAGUAUGUGUUGUGCUUAAAAGACCAUCUUGCCCCUCACUGCCUUUUAUUUGUUCUUGUAGCUGACUUCAUUUGAGCUUCAUGUGUACCAUACAGUCUGGUGUAUAACACUGUCUUUUAUAGAUUACCUGAGUUUCAAGGUGUGACCCAUAGUUUAUUGGGGGUAUAGUUUUACGUGAACUAAAGUCUGCUUGAGAUAUUUAAAUGGAAGGACCUCUUCCAUGUGUUUAUUUUACUUAAGGGGUUGUUUGUUUCAGCCUCUUAAUGGUUCAGAUGUUUGAAUGGUU